AUGCCAUCAAUUAUCGACAACAACAGCAACUUCUGUUCGAUGGAUGAGGAGAUGGAAGCAGAGGCCGCCGUCCUGAGGCAGAUCCAGAACAGGCUGGCCGAGAAAAUGGAUAUUGGAAAAACUGCCCCGCCCACUGAGGAGGAGCAGAAGGAGAUUGACUCUAGGUCAGUCUUCGUGGGAAAUGUAGAUUAUGGAGCAACGAUUGAAGAGCUGGAGGCUCACUUUAAGGGCUGUGGAGAAAUCGUUCGGACGACUAUUCCGAAGGAUAAGAUGACGAAUAGACAGAAGAAUUUCGGUUAUAUCGAGUUCAAAUGUGCUGUUAGCGUGGAGAACGCCAUUUUGAUGAACGGCUCUACUUUCCGUGGCCGACCGAUCGUUGUGACCGCCAAGCGGACGAACAAGCCAGGAAUGGGAGCUUCGAGAGGAAGAGGAGGAUUCAGAGGAGGACGUGGUGGACGGCAGACGAUAGUCAUAAAGUACGUCUAUGUGAAUGGAGCAGCACCAAGAGGACGUGGAGGAUUCCGCGGAGGAAGAGGUCGAUUCAACCCGUAUUGA